GUGAAUUCCUUGUUCUGAGAGAUGCUGGGUAGUGCCCCUGUAGCUGGAAAACUGUGCAAUCAAUUUCUAAUACGCUGAGCUGUUUGAGCUGACUGAAAUGCAAGCUGUAAGCAGAUAGUGAAAAUGGCUGUAAGUUUGGGAACAUUUACACAGCUUUAUUGAUCUGAGGCUUUAUAAGCAAUGUAGACUAUUUAAUAGCAUAUUUGAUUGUCUCAGAAUAGAUGUGGUUAUAUCAAGUUUACCCCAGAGUGUUUUGACAUAAUGUCAGGAAAAUGGCUUUUGAUGGAAACUCUGUUGAUGAAAACUACCCUAAAAAUGCAUUUUCUUAGAGCAGGCUGAAUAACCAGUUAUAUAUCAGAAGUAUGUUUAUGUUUGGGAGCCAGAGAUGUUUCUCAUGGGGGGAAUAUCUUGGAGCCUUGCAGUCGGGUAAACUCUGCUAUCCUGCAGGAAUUCAGGGUCUGGCAGACGCCUAACGACCCUUGGACACAUACAUCCUGAUAGGGUUUAGGAUUUCUGAAAGGAGUGGAGUUUAUGCCACCAGAGGCCAGAGGAGACCUCUGGAGGGGUUUUAUUAAACCCCUGAUUUUUAUUCCUGUUAAAGACCACCUAUACUUUUGCCUAGCUGGCAGACUAAUAAUGCAGCUGGGUUGAACAAGUGUUGAUUUAAUUUCUACACGGUUGCAGUGUCACAUUUUUGGAGGUGAGCAAAGGGACAGCUACAGGAAAUAAAGUAUACAAACGUGUCACAGAACAGAUCUGUCUCUGUUACGGGACACUACCCAUGCUAAUCUGUAGAAGUAUACUUGAAAGUCCUGUUUGUUUAGGUUUACACCAAAACAUGGUUUUGCCAAGUGCUUACAGCCAAUGGAGAAUCAGUUCCUGGGUUGUGCAGUACACUAGUGUGUUACGGCAUCUCAGAGUUUGCCGGAGUAUCAAAGGCUCGUAGCAUUGCAGAGAGCUUGUUCUUUUAGGUAGAAGAUGUUGGAAUAGACUCAGAUGGGAAGUUUUUCUGUGCUGUCUUGGAUAACAAGAUUAACAAAAAAACUCCCACAAUUUAAAUAAAUCAGAUGUUUUUUCUGAAGAUUAUGCUGUCAUUUUCUCCAAUUAUUCUUGACAUUUCACCCGUGCAUAUUGUGAUCUGAGUUAAUAAUGGAAGAAACACCAGCUCUCGUUGCCUUGUUUAUUCUUUGUUCUCAAGGAGAUAAGCUGUUUAUAAAGAUAACAUAUUUGUUAUUUAAAUCACUUUUACUGAAGUUGUUUCCUUGUUUGAGUUUCUAAAAAUAUUGCAACAAUUGUGAUUCAUCUUUGAGAUGUCUGUUCAAUUCACUAUGAUUUGUACUAGAAUACUGGAAUUCAUUCCUAAAUAGGCACAGGUGUUGAUAGCUGUAAUAUGCUAGAAUGAGUCAAAACCAAUAAAUGCUCAAUAAAGGCAAGAUGAAAGGAAAUGCACUAAAACCAGCUCUUUCAAAAUGUGAUAAAUUGGCACUUUAGUUCACUACUAAAUUAGUUAUGUACUGAAGAUGUGUCUGGAGCAACUACGUAUUUCAAACAGCUGAACAUGUUAGAACAUAACUUCAAUCACUUAAUAUUUUCCAGAUCAUAAAGAUUAUUUUUAAAAUUAGCAAUACUGUUCAGCAUAUAAUCAACUUUUGUUUCCAAGCUGUUCUGAGUGCCCUGUUGUAAUAUUUUGCUGUACCAUUAUUAAGAAAACCCCAAAAAGGUUGAUUAAUAGUUUAUGAGAAUUGCUGGCUUUCUCAUGUCACACAGAAAUUUAAUGCUAGAACAGGAUAUGGAAAUUCUGACAUUGCAAAAGUAAAAGUCAGUUAAAGCAUUUACUUUGUGCUUUUACCAGGAGCAGACAUUUUAUUACCUAUUUCUUGCACAGUGCACUCUGCAGGGAACAUCUGAAGCUCCAUCCUGACCUUGGGGUGCAUUUCUGAUGGGAAUGGAGCACUUGGCCAGCAAACAGGCAGGUGUUAUGGUUACUGGUUCAGGAGUGCCAGUGCCUUUCCCUUGGAGCACAGGCUUUUUGCCUUGUACCUUCCUGUCAAAAGAGCUUCACAGUCACAGCGGAGAUGGUGGGAUAAGACAGUUGGGUAUCUACCAAAGGAGGCAGGUGGCCAGCAUUCUUCCGAGGAGGUCUCAGGAGCUCUACUUGGGAAUCUGAACUGAUACUGCCAAGGACAAGGCUUACAGUGUGCUACGCAUGCACUGGACAGCUGGGACUGAAUCAGCUCCUAGACUUUUGCAUAACCUUCAGGGAAUUCUGCUUUUAUAUUAACAUCUCUUGCUGUUGAGGUUUAGAUACGUAUUUAUAGGCAUAGAAGUGGUUGUACUGCUAACGUGCAGAUAACACUGUAGUAACUCUGGCCAGAAAUAUUUGUCCUUAAUAUUUUAACUAUGUUUUUCCUUAAUAUUUUGUGGUUUGUGCUUUUAGACAUAAACAGCACAAGUUAGAAAUCACCGACAAAUGCUAGCUUCAUUGCCGAAACUCCUCAGCGACAGCCAAACUGGCCUGAAGGCUGCCGCACCGGCCACAGCCACGGCGCAGCACGGUACAAAUCGCAAGCGGCAAGCACGUAGUUUGGAGAUCUGAGUUCGUGGAUGCGGCAGUAAGGUGCUAUAAACGGCACCAAUGUGGCAUUUGGUGGGUCUGCCUCUGGAGUGCCGUUUGCGACGGGUGGCCGGAGGGGCUGCGCGGCCCUUGGCCGAGUUCGGCCGGUUCCCCAGGGGCUCGCCCGCAGCCUGCGGCUCGGUCCGGGGGUCAGAGCAAGGGAGGGAGAGGAGCUGAGAACCCCCACUGGACCUGCUCGCUCAGCACCGCCCGAAGCCCGGCUCCUCUGAGCGACCGCGACCGUUUCCCUGGCAGUGGCGGGACUCUAUUUCCCAGCGCGCCCCGCGUCCCCGCCGCAAAGGCCGGGAAGAUGGCGGCGCCCAUGUCGCCCUUGGUUACUGUGCGCUGCCUGUUGCGGGCUUCGGCGCGGCGCGCCGGCCGUCUGCUACCGGUGCCGGCCGCCGCCCUGCGGAGAGCAUACGCAGAUCAGGCAGGUGAGAAGACAGUCCAUGGUACUCCUACAGAUGCUAAUGCCAGAGCCUUAUUGGUUUGCAGUGGACCUUUAGAACAUUAUGACUUUCUGAUUAAGCAAAAAGAGCUGAAGAAUGAUGAGCAUCAAAGAAGAGUUGUACAGCAGCUGCAGAAGUUGCAUGAGAGCCUUAAAGGCUACAGCAUCAGUUCAAAAAAUCUUCUCUCAAAGUUCUUUGCAAAAAACACCCCCCCAAAAGGUCUUUAUGUCUAUGGAGAUGUUGGCACAGGAAAGACAAUGGUGAUGGACAUGUUCUAUUCUCACUUAGAAAUAGAAAAGAAAAAGAGAGUCCAUUUUCAUGGCUUCAUGCUAGAUGUACAUCAGAGAAUACAUCGCCUUAAGCAGAGCUUGCCAAAAAGAAAAGCAGGAUUUAUGGCCAAAUCAUAUGACCCAAUUGCUCCAGUAGCAGAGGAGAUAAGUGAAGAGGCUGCUCUUUUAUGUUUUGAUGAAUUUCAGGUCACUGACAUUGCUGAUGCCAUGAUUCUGAAGCAGCUUUUUGAAAAUCUGUUCCAAAAUGGGGUUGUCGUUGUGGCAACAUCUAACAGGCCUCCAGAAGAUCUCUAUAAAAAUGGUCUUCAGAGAGCUAAUUUUGUACCAUUCAUUGCUGUGCUGAAGAAGUACUGCAGCACAGUGCAGCUUGAUUCUGGAAUAGACUACAGGAAACGAGUGCUUCCUGCUGCUGGAAAACUUUACUACCUCACAAGUGAAGCUGAUGUGGAGGCUGUCAUGGAUAAGUUGUUUGAUGAGCUGGCUCAGAAACAAAAUGAUUUAACUAGACCAAGGAUUCUAAAAGUGCAAGGCAGAGAGCUGAGGCUGAAUAAAGCAUGUGGAACCAUUGCAGACUUCACAUUUGAAGAGCUGUGUGACAGACCUCUUGGAGCCAGUGACUAUUUGGAAAUAUCAAAGCACUUUGACACAGUCUUUGUUCGUGACAUACCGCUUCUUACAGUGGCAAAAAGGACACAAGCUCGUCGCUUCAUUACUCUUAUUGAUACCUUUUAUGAGCAUAAGGUGCGUAUUAUUUGUUCUGCAGUGGCUCCUCUCCAAAGCUUGUUCCUGGUAGAACAUGACAGUGGUGAGAUAGAGAACAACAGAGUCUUGAUGGAUGAUUUGGACUUGAGCCAUGAUUCCGCCAAAGGACUCUCCAUGUUCACAGGAGAAGAGGAAAUCUUUGCCUUUCAGCGUACUCUCUCUCGGCUUACAGAAAUGCAGACUGAACAGUACUGGAAAGAUGGAGACAGAAGCAAAAAUAUGUUGUAAUUAAAAGUUGAAUAAAAUCACCAGAAGUAAAACUACAGAAUUGGAAAGGUUUUUAGCACAACUGAAAUAAUAAUUGCACUUUAUCAUCCGGACCAUAUUUUCUUUCAUCAGUUGUUUUUUGUGCUUAAGAAAUGAGGACUCGAUUAUUUUUCAGUACCAUCAGUGUGUGGACAUGUGAAAUUUUGCCUUAAUUUUCUUUUCUGUAAAAUACAAUGUUGAUAUUCAGUAAAUUUAAUGAGAUUAGAAUUUUUCUGGAGAAUUGGUCUAGAGACAAAGUUGACGGGCUAUGCAGGGUUCACAGUAGAUUUAGAAUGUCAUGUGAAAAGGACACUUAAUGGUUGAUGCGCUGCUUCUGUCAUGUACAAUGCAGUUGGCACAAGAGAAAAAUCAAAUGCUGUCUCUAUGAAACUCCUCAUGUUGUAUAGGUCCCUGAUAGAAUUCUGGAACUGCUCUGUUGUGUAUUCUGUUGUGGGUUUAUUUGCCCCUUAUUUUCUGUGUGGAGCCAUCUGCUGACUUUUCAGGCUCUAAGUUUCCUGUAAUCAGCCUGUUAAUCAGUUUAGUUCAUUGUAAACUAAUGGUUUGAGCCAUGCAAGAACCCUGAGGAGGAGACUGAAGGCGCUUGAAACUGCACACAGUUAAAACCAAGGUAAUCACUGCUGGGAAAAGAAACUAUGACAGGACAGUGUAUACUGUAACAUAUAAGUGCAAGUUAAUACUCUAAAUUUUGCAGUUCUUGCAUGCCUGGAUAUGCUGCCUUUACACCAGCGUUAUAUGUCUACCCUGAAUUUUCUCAGGCUUCAUCUAUACCUAACCUUAUAUUGCUUCUAGCACACCUGCUCUGAUGUGGGGAGAGUGAUCCUGCCCCUCUACACUGCUCUCAUGAGACCUCACUUGGAGUAUUGUGUGCAGUUCUGGUGUCCUCAACAUAAAAAGGACAUGGAACUGUUGGAACAAGUCCAGAGAAGGGCCACGAGGAUGAUCAGGGGACUGGAGCACCUCCCGUAUGAAGAGAGGCUGAGAAAGUCGGGGCUGUUCAUCCUGGAGAAGAGAAGGCUGCGUGGAGACCUCAUAGCAGCCUUCCAGUAUCUGAAGGGGGCCUAUAGGGAUGCUGGGGAGGGACUCUUCAUUAGGGACUGUAGUGACAGGACAAGGGGUAACGGGUUAAAACUUAAACAUUGGAAGUUUAGAUUGGAUAUAAGGAGGAAGUUCUUCACUCUGAGCAUGGUGAGGCACUGGAACAGGUUGCUUAAGGAAGUAGUAAGUAGUAAAUGCUCCAUCCAUGGCAGUGUUCGGGGCAGGUUGGAUGGAGUCUUGGGUGACAUGGUUUAGUGGAAGGUGUCACUGCCCAUGGCAGGGGCUUUGGAAUUAGGUGAUCUUAAGGUCUUUUCCAACCCCAACUAUUCUAUGACUCUGUAAUUUUGGGGUUUAACAGAGACAAAAUACAGUAUUAUGCUUAUUGACUUAUAGUGCAUUUUUAUAAAAGGUUAAUUUAAUAACAUAUUUAGAACCCCUGAAGAGGGAAAAAUAUUAUGCAGAUGGACUGAAAAGGUUGCCCUGAUUGCUUAGGGAGGAGAUAGAUACAUAACUCACUGUCCCCACAUUUAAGGGGUUUUCUUAGACUUUGCAACAUGACCUUUUUCUUGUACUGUAUCUGUUCCCCAAAAUAUUCUUUUCUGCCUUUGUUUAGCCUGAUUAAAUUGUUUCAGUUGUAGCCCUCCAUCACAGUUACAGAAAGCUUUUGAAAGGGAUUUUGGGACAGCAGGGAAGACUGGACAGAUCGUGUGCACUUGCAUGCGUUUUGAGAAUACAGAUGGUUUGGAGCCAUGUGCUCAAGUCUGGUUUUCUGUUCUGACCGCUUGUUUGUCUUGGAAGACUUACAGUGGCUAUACCUGUUCUUCAAAGAAUUUCUAAAGCCUAUAUUUAUAGUUUACAAGUUAUGCAGCUGUGUUGUUAUUCCCACAAGGGUGACUACCAUGGAGAAUUUUAAUGUGUAUUAAUGAAAACCCCAAUCAGAAUACAUUGCUUAUACUGCAUGAGCAAUGGCUAUAUGAAUAAUUGAUGUAUAUUUUCAGAGAUUUGUAUUAGGUUUCUCAACAGAGGGACUAUUGAGAUUCAUGCAUAUGUGUCUGUGUAUAUACACACCCCUAUACUUACUAUAUACAUAUAUAUAUAAAUACAGAUAAAACUAAUUUAUAUAACUUAAGUGUGUCUGGUUCUGUAUUUAUACGUGGCAGUCUAUACUCAUGAGCCUGGGCCUGUGCUGACAGGCCUAGUGUCCAUCCCUAGGGCAUGAUGGACAGCACUGGGCAUGUCCUGGCCCAGGGUGCUGCAUCACCUGCAGUCCUGAGGGUGAUCCCAGCAGUCCUGUCCCCUGCUGCCUGGCCUGCUCCUGGCUGCUGCGAGACAGCAGUGGUCUGUGGCUUUUUAUUACCACAUUAAAAUGUUGUAUUUGCCAAAAUGUAAAGAGUGAGAUGCCUGUGAAUAAACUAUGCAUACUCCUU